AUGCCAGAAACCGCUGUACCAGCGCUUUGGCAUAUCCUGCAACGUGCAAAUCUCUUGUUGCAGGUGGGGCGCCGGGGAUUUAGGCCGCCAAAGCGGACACCGUCAGCUUAUUUUGGCCCGCAUGGUACCCAAAUCGUACCCGCUGUGAAAGAGGAGGGGAGGGGGCGGGCGGACAGACACGUGGCGAUGACCGGAACACGUGGAAAUCCGAAUGACAACAUUGGCACCAGUCGCGGACGACAACCUCGGCAAUCCGAACGAGCCAUUAUAAAAUUAAAUCUCCAUCGGAUCGCUAUAGAAUUCACUGGGGCCUAG